CAAGAAGAAGAACAAGGUCAAGAAGAAUCAAUAAACCCUGGGGAGGAACUGUACUGCAAACAAAAACAAAAAUCAGGGGUUCGAGAUUAUCUUAAAGGUUUCGCCAAGAGGGUUAUUAUCUGUUCUCUUCUAGUAAUGAUUGGGAGGUCAGCCUGGCCCAAAGUUCAGCCUUAUGUUUGGCCUGAAAUUCCUAGCAAGGAGGGAAAACUGUAUGUUCUAACAGAGAAAUCAUUCCGUGGUCAUGUGAGCCGAGGCGACCAUUUUGUGAUGAUGUAUGCCCCGUGGUGUGGUCACUGCCAGCAACUGAAACCGGUUUGGGAACAGUUGGCGAAGUCCCAAGUAUCUGGCGUAAAGAUCUCCAAGAUUGAUUGUACAGCUAAUCAGGAGAUAUGUAAAUCCUUCCUGGUUCAUGGUUAUCCUACUCUUCUAUACUUCAGGAAUGGAGAAAAUCUAGGAAAAUAUGACGGAGACAAGAGUUUGAACGGACUGAAGAAACACAUCAAGAAAAUGACCAACAAAUCUGACGGAAAAAAAGGAAAGGGGGCAAAAUCGAAACCAUCUCCGGAAUUGUAAGAAAAAAAUUAACAAAAAAGUGUAUUAUGAUUCCAUUCUCAUUUUUUCACCGAUGAAAUAGAUUCUAAAAAAAAAAGUUUCAAUGAUACAUUUUGAAACAAACUACUUAAAAGAUUUGUCAUAAACCAACUUAAUUGGCUAGAGGAAAACAGACUGUAGUGGUCCUAAAUCUCGGUCGUUUUUUCUUCAAAAUAAAGCACAACAAAAUAAAUUUUUUUACUGUUUUCUUUUAAAAUCUGUUAUAUGUUGUUCGCCUAAAAAUAACGGCCAAAAUUAAGCUAAUUACAUUUAUUCUCACUUUUUUAAAUUCGUUCUCUACAAGAUUUUCAGAAAUGUCUCACUUGUGAUAAAUAAUGAUAAAAUAUGUUCAUUGUGUACAAUUUUUUUUAUCAUCCUAUAAUUGUUUUCAUUAAUAUUAUUACGGAAACAUGUACACAGAAUAAUACUGUAACAUGUACUUAUAGGUACAUUGUAUAUUCCUGAUGUUCACUGUAUAGCAAGGUUGUAAAGUAAGGUUAGAUACUGUGGAUGCUGUCAAAUGUACUAAAAUAUGUCUUCUUCAUAGCUUGUGACGUUGUUGUUAAGAGGGGGGAAUAAUUUCCUCCACUUGUCAGUUGAACAAAGCGGAGAAAAUCCUUCCCCUUCUCUCUCUAGCAACGUUGUCAGUUGUCACUUAAUCUUCUGCCAGUAUUCAGUUACU